CUCCUGGCGCCGGGCAUCCGGGCCGCCCCCUAAGCCCCUGUGCCUACCCUGUGCCCCUGUGGAACCGGAGUCCGGCCGCAGGGGAAGAGAAGCGGCCGCCGAGACGCUGCAGGGUGCCCGGCGGGGAGGGGGCUAAGGCCCGGGGCCGAGGGCAUGGAGCGGCUAGGGGAGAAAGCCAGUCGCCUGCUGGAGAAGUUCGGCCGCAGAAAGGGUGAAUCCAGCCGGUCUGGGUCUGACGGGACCCCCGGGCCGGGCAAGGGGCGCCUGAGUGGGCUGGGGGGACCUAGGAAGGCAGGGCCUCGCGGAGCUCCUGGGGGGCCCGGGGAGGAGCCGAUGGAGCCGACCCGGGAGCAGGGCCCCCUGGACGCCGAGCGGAGUCUGCGCGGCUCCUUCGAGGCGCCGCGCUACGAAGGCUCCUUUCCCGGGGGCCCGCCGCCCGCCCGGGGCUUGCCUCUACCUCAGUCACUGACCCCCGAUUUUCGGCUGGAGACCACGGCCCCGGCCCUGAGCCCCCGCUCCAGCUUCGCCAGCAGCUCAGCCAGCGACGCGAGCAAGCCGUCCAGCCCCCGGGGCAGCCUGCUGCUGGACGGGGCGGGGGCCGGAGUCGGCUGCCAGGAAAGCCGCCACUCGUAUCCCCCGGCCCUGGGCAGUCCCGGCGCUCUGGCCGGGGCCGGAGUGGGAGCGGCGGGGCCCUUGGAGAGGCGGGGGGCGCAACCCGGACGACACUCGGUGACCGGCUACGGGGACUGCGCAGCGGGCGCCCGAUACCAGGAUGAGCUAACAGCCUUGCUGCGCCUGACGGUAGGCACCGGUGGGCGAGAAGCCGGCGCCCGCGGGGAGCCCUCGGGGAUUGAGCCGUCGAGUCUCGAGGAGCCGCCAGGGCCGUUCGUACCGGAGGCCACCCGGGCUCGGAUGCGGGAGCCGGAGGCCCGAGAGGACUACUUCGGCACCUGUAUCAAGUGCAACAAAGGCAUCUAUGGGCAGAGCAACGCCUGCCAGGCCUUGGACAGCCUCUACCACACCCAGUGCUUUGUUUGCUGCUCCUGUGGGCGAACUCUGCGUUGCAAGGCUUUCUACAGCGUCAAUGGCUCUGUGUACUGUGAGGAAGAUUAUCUGUUUUCAGGGUUUCAGGAGGCAGCUGAGAAAUGCUGUGUCUGUGGUCACUUGAUUUUGGAGAAGAUCCUACAGGCAAUGGGGAAGUCCUACCACCCAGGCUGCUUCCGAUGCAUCGUUUGCAACAAGUGCCUAGAUGGUAUCCCCUUCACAGUGGACUUCUCCAACCAAGUGUACUGUGUCACCGACUACCACAAAAAUUAUGCCCCCAAGUGUGCAGCUUGUGGCCAACCCAUCCUCCCCUCAGAGGGCUGUGAGGACAUCGUGAGGGUGAUAUCCAUGGACCGGGAUUAUCACUUUGAGUGCUACCACUGUGAGGACUGCCGGAUGCAGCUGAGUGACGAGGAAGGCUGCUGCUGUUUCCCUCUGGAUGGGCACUUGCUCUGCCACGGCUGUCACAUGCAGCGGCUCAAUGCCCGACAGCCCUCUGCCAACUAUAUCUGAGCUGCAGUCACCACCAUUGACAAACUCCUGGCCAUUGGGUCCCUCUGAGGCCAGCCAAGGCAAGGAAUGCAUUCUACAGGCCUGGCAGAAGAGUCCUCUGGGGAGCCCCCCAGGAGCCAGAGACCCAAAGAUCAUAACAUUCCAAAUGGAUUGUGGAGGAGGAACCUUGUAAUUACCAGGGUGGGGGUGACUGGCCUUCUUUCCAUGUGUGCAGUCUGUGCUCGCACACAGGCGGGUUCCAAUGCUUUCUGAA